UCUUUAAUCCCAUCAAAAUUGUCUUUGGAAAAAGAGGCAUCACAGUAGGUAAAAAGCUGUCUCUCUCGUAUUUUUCACGAGGAACCCUGGGUUGGUCUUAUUAUAUAUAUAGCGCCUAUAAAUAUAUUUCUUUCCCCAUAGCCUUCUCAAAAUUGUUAUAUACAGAGAAACAUAUGAACAAAAUAUGUUUAUUUCCAGGAAAUCUUUGUCAAGAUCAGUCCAUGAUGAACACCAAGAGCAACCGGAGUUAGUCGAAACCCGAGGUGGCAAUCUGUGCACAUCAGUAACAGUUUGGAGAAAAUCACUUAUAGUUACCUGUAAAGGCUUUACUGUGAUUGAUUCAAAUGGAAAUUUAGUUUAUCGAGUUGAUACUUAUGUGGGAGGACGCCCCAUGGAACUCGUUCUUAUGGACGGCUCAGGGAAACCCAUCCUAACGAUGCGACGAAGCACGAAUCUUAGGCUAGUAGGGACUUGGCUUAUCUAUGGAGGGGAAGUAGGUGAAUUUUGUACAUCAGAAAAGCCAGUUUUCUAUGUAAAGAAGAGCAUUAACAUUUUAAAUGCCAACUCUAAUGUGCUUGCAUAUGUUUACCGGCGGUCGUCGGAUAAACGGUAUGCAUAUGUGAUUGAAGGAUCGUAUUCGCAUAGAUCAUGUAAAGUGCUAGAUGAGACAAAGAGAGUGGUGGCAGAGAUAAGGCCAAAGGAUGCAUUAAAAAGAGGCAUUUCAUUCGGCCUGGAGGUUUUUGUGUUAAUUGUGCAGGCUGGAUUUGAUCCUGGAUAUGCCAUGGGUCUGGUUCUUUUGCUGGAUCAAAUGUUUUCAUAGGCUUUCAAUUCUUUCAGGUGCCCUUUUUUUUAAUAAGAUCAAACAUUCAAACUGAUCUUUUCAUGUUUUCAAGCCAAAGCUGGUAUCUAAUGAUAAGCUUCUACUGCAUCAAAUGCCAAGUAGAUAUAUGUAAACAAGGAUGUUAUACAUGUUGGAAAUAUAUUAUUACAAGACGAAAUAGUUAACA